AUGGAGGAGCUCUUUGAUUAUGGGCCCGACUUGCUUUCUGAUCGAGCCUCGUUUCAAGCACUUAUUGAUGAGCUCUAUCCGACAGACACCAUAAUGCGAUUAGACGUUGAGUUUAGCAGCCGUGGCACCUCACCGCGCGGACCUGAUACACCUCCCUCCUCUACCGGUGGUGGUCAGGCAGAGGUUGCUAGUCUGGAGGCGGAGCACGAAUAUCAAGCCUUUGCUCAGGGAGCACUGAUGACAGAGAUGCUUGCCGGGAUAAGAGGAUCCACCCCUGAUGACUCGAUGAGGUCAGGCUCCAACGUCUACCACGAUCAGAACACGAUCGAGUCAUCCUUCCAUGAUCCUUAUUUGGGCGGCGUACCAUCAUCCUCCCACAGUCAAAUGCCAGCUUACACCUGGCAAAGCUUUCCUGAAAGACCUUUUCAAUACGGAAUUGUUUACGGCACCAACUUCUCAUGGACUGACCCCGCUGCCAUCAAUCUCAACAACCCAAAUCUAAUCUAUCCCACGGGUCCUCAAAUACCUCUCGACCCAGCAGCUCUCAUUCCCAGGAUGCCUCUUCCCCAUGUCCCUUUUGUUCAGAACUCUACUGCGAGCGUAGAUCAUCAGCCUUUUACCGGACAAGAGUCAAUGCCCUUGGCCAGUCUACAACCUGAUGAUGUGCUGGCCAGAUACCGAGAGUUGUCCUCGCAGGAGAUCAUAAUGAUCCAGGCAGGUUACCAGCUCAACAACAGUCCAGCAAGACACCCCAGUUUUGAUGCAGUGGAGCAGCCCGCCAUCAGUAUCAGUCAUCACAAUGAGACUUCUCUUGUACCACAGCAGCGAUCUACUGCAAACGAAAAGACUCCUGUCGCUUCCGCAGAAAACACUGAUACCACCCAGACAGCUCAUCUGCCGAUAAGGAACAACUACCGAGAUAGAGAGCAGAACCACUCUAAGUCUCCGGAAAUCACACGGCGAGGCAUGACGUCCAGGCCUUCGUCAUCCCGCGGUUCGAGCCCAAGACCUGCACACAAGGGAGGACGUUCAGGUGGCCUUGACGGCAAUACACGAGCACACGCCAACCAGAUGCGUAAAGUGGGAGCGUGUUGGAUAUGUGCCUUCCAAAGAGACCAGUGCGAUCCGGGAAGCCCUUGCACCAGGUGUCAGGACCGAAGCAUCAGGGGCUCUCUGCAUAUGCUGCCAUGCUCACGUAUACACCUCCAAGAUCUGGUUCAUCAAUUCCUCCCUGCUACGAUGAACAGACAACACCGCCGUGAGGAGAUCCUGUCAUUCGCUAAGAAGAGUUUGGGCUUCUGGAGAGCCGAUGCUCCCAUCCAGGUUAACUUGACUUCCCUUGGUAUGGGUCACUUUACCUGGGACUUACAUGAGUACGAGCCAUCUUCUCAGGAUCUGUUGUUGCAGAAGCGAUACAAGGUUGGCAUCGCCGGGACCUGGCAGCGUAUGGAGAAGAGGUCACCACCACUAGCACUCAAACAAGUCAGCUUUAGCCAAAGCCACAGACUGGAAGAGUAUGUGGAUGAUGUUGUGGACCAGUAUCUUGAGAUGUUCCAGGAGCAAGCAUACUAUGGAGAGGAAGACUUGUGUGCCAUGUUCCAGAAUGAAGUCCUUCGAGCUCUGUGCAGUCUUUACACCAGUCUACCUGAUGGAGACGAUGUACGUCCGUCCACUCCCCAACACAAACAGUAUAGAUGA